UCACUCAUUUUGCUUCGUAUGUAGACGCCUACUGAAAUCUCUUAAAAGACUUAUAUUUAGGAACGGAUGGAGUAGCUCUUUGCUGCUACUAUACUUCACAUCCUAUGACCCUAUAGUGUAUUUUUCUCGUGGCGAUACCAUAUCUCUGUAGUGUUAACAAAUAACAUGAGAAAAAAGAAAACAAAAGUACAAGGUCCAUGCAAAUACAUGUAGAACAAGCUAAGUUAAGGAAGAUAAAAAUAUCGUAUGAUUUGCAAAAAGACAUGAUUUGCAAAAUUCGUAUGAAAAAGCCCUCCUCACGCAAAAAAAAAAAAACAGGAUAUUAAAGCCCCCGUGCCUCUAAAAAAUAAUAAUCUCACAGAACUUAAAGCCUAAAGAUCCCCAAAGGAACUAAUGAUCCUGAUGAUAAUACCGGUGGCAGAUCAGAAGCUGGGAAAUUGGGCACCAACCACCAAGACCAUAUUACUCAUGCAAUAAUGCUAGACAUAUCAUGUGUUUUCCAAGCCAAACAAAAAACAAAAAAUGAAGCAUGCAAUCACCCAACUGGCAGAAUCAUACACAAGCAAUAGCGCAGCGCAAGCAACACCAUAUACAGUACGGUGGUACGAAUCAGCAGCGAUCCAAGCUCGAGAGAGAUGGCCGCGGCAGCUCACCUCCGUUGUCACAUCGCCUUCAGUUCGGCGAGCAACGCCCGGCGUCACACGCAAGCCUCCUCCGCCCCGUCGCUCUCGCGCGGUCGCCUCCCAGCAGCGCGAAAGCCGCCCGUGGCCCGCUGCCAGCGCCACGGCGCCGUAGGAGCCUUGGAGCCAGACGGCGGAGCGACGACGAGGCGGCCGGCGCCGCGGUUCCUGUGCCUGCACGGGUUCCGCACCAGCGGGGAGAUCAUGCGGAGGCAGGUGGCGGACAGGUGGCCCGCCGGCGUCACGUCCCGCCUGGACCUCGCCUUCGCCGACGCGCCCUUCCCCGCCGAGGGCGAGUCCCCGGUGCGCGGCGUCUUCGACCCGCCCUACUACGAGUGGUGCCGGUUCGUCGGCGAGGAUUUCCUCAGGUACAAGAACUUCGGCGAGUCCUUGGCCAGCAUCGAGGAGCUGAUGGUGAGGGAGGGGCCGUUCGACGGACUCUUCGGUUUCUCUCAGGGCGCCCUCCUGUCGGCCGCGCUUGUUGGGCUCCAGGAACAAGGGCUGGCCUUGAACAGGGUUCCUAGGGUGAAGCACGUUGUGAUCAUAUCCGGUGCGAAGAUCCAAGCCCCGGCAUUGGCUGCCAAGGCGUACGCCAACAAGAUCAGCUGCACUUCGCUUCACUUCAUUGGUGACGUCGACUUCGUGAAAGCACACGGGGAGGAGCUGGCGGACUCGUUCGUGGAUCCGCUUGUCAUACGCCACCCGGCCGGGCACACGGUCCCCAGAUUCGACGAGAAGGGUCUCCAAAUGAUGCUCAGCUACCUUGACAAGAUUGAAAGGGAUCCGGCGAGAGAAUGAUCAAUUUUGUUGACCAUCACUCUGUUUCAUGAGUUUAUGGCGUAGUGGUAGUAGCAUGGAUGGCUGACAUUCGAAGACCGCGAUAACUGCUUAACAGAAGGCUGCGAAAAAGUAUUACUCCACUACAGUAGGUUGUUACUAUCUCCAUUCCAAUGAAUAGUAAGCGGUCGCACUUCGAGAUUUAACGAAAUGCUGGAGAUGGUGAGCCGAUCUAGGGAUCAAACAUUAAGACCCAACUUUGAUGCCUUGUGUAUUAUCUCAAUAGCUGAGUGUAAUAUAUACUGUAUUCAUUUGGCAGGAGACAGUUCUGAAGAUCAAGAAGGUGCUGGGUGAGGCGUAUACAAGGGGGCAUGAGCUCCUACGGCUAGGAGGAUCCGCUGAUGUUGGGCUUUCUCUCUGCUCGAGCUCUGUUAUUUUUGCGUGCUCUGGGUGUGUAAGCUUCUGGUUUGUACUUGGGCCUGACAAGGCUGUGUUUCAAGCUGCCUACCCGCACUUGUUGUCUGUCUGAUAUGUUCCCACGCUUUGUUUUUAAUUUUUCUCCUUUCUACUCUUUAGUUUCAUGUAAUAACUUUGUGGCGGUUUGCCGGUUUCUUCAAUGAAAAUCGAGGAGGAGGGCUUGUUGUUUCAAAAA